AUGUACUUCUUUGAUACACUACCUACACAUAUGGACUAUGAUGGACAAAGGAAAGCGGAGAAAUUAUCACGUAUUAUAAUUACCUUAUUUGGUGUGGUUGGUUUGAUUUGGGGAUAUAUCAUUCAACAGUUUUCACAGACUGUUUAUAUUCUAUUUGCUGGUUUUGUGUUAGCUGCUUUGGUGACAGUUCCACCAUGGCCAAUGUACAGACGUAAACCUCUUCAGUGGCAGAAACCACGCCCUGAAUGUGAUGGCACUGAGUCUGUGAUGAAAUCAAAAAAGAAGAAGUAA